AUGGCUCCGUUAUCUUUGCUGCUCGUUCUCAUCUUGAUUGGAGAAUUCGUGUUGGGCGGUAUAGUAUACCACAUACGUAGUGAAGUAGAACAACACGCAUUGCAACAAAUGGAAUACACAAUCAACGGUUACAAUCAAACCGGACACGAAACUUUUAGACAAUCCUGGAAUGUACUACAAUCUAACAUCGAAUGUUGCGGAAUUAGCGGACCGAAAGAUUGGAAGUCGGUUUCUCGCAGCGGUAAACUGCCUGCGUCGUGUUGUUACGCCUUGCAAAUUGAUGAAUCUUGCACGGAAAUCAAUUCGUACACAAACGGCUGCUAUGAUGAGUUCAAGAACAGUCUCCAGCAUAAUAACCGAAUAAUAUUUUGGUCUGCUUUAGGAUUUGCUUUAAUUCAGAUAUCUGCUGUGAUUUUAGCAUUUUAUACCAAGUGCACUGUUGCUAACGAACUUAACGAAUAUGAGAAAAUAUAA